AUGAAACCGUACGCUAUUGCCCUCAUAGUACUUUUUGGCUCUGCAGCCUUAUUUUUGAUUUUGUAUUGGCUCACCGAUGGUUUCCGAAAGAAAAUAAGCCUCCAUAUGACUCGAAAUAAAACUGGUGGUUCUGCGCCUCCUCCUCCGCCUUUACAAGCGAAUCGUGAUGUUGAAAAAGGUGAAAUUACACCCAAGAACACAACAAGGAAAGAAGGUGGAAGGGUUAUUCUAGGGGCUGCUGCUGCCACAGUUGCAACGGCUGCUGCUAUUACUAGUGAUUAUAGUGGUGGUGGUGGAGGACGGACGAGCAGUUGGAGUGGAGGUGGUGGUGGCGGUGGAGGGAUUAGCAGCAGCAGUUGGGGUGGAGGUGGUGGCUGUGGCGGCGGAGGUGGUGGAUGUGGCGGUGGCGGUGGUGGUGGAUGUUGA